GUAAUCGCGUUAUAGAAACAUGACAGCAGAUGUUAUAUAAAAAAACAACGAUAAACAAACUUGUUGUUCACGGUAGCGAAUAAAAUGACUUUGCUCUUAAGACGGUUUUUAACCAAAUCAUAUUAAAUUUUUAACAGCACUAUUCAAAAUAUUUUUCUUUUAAAACAAUUUGGUAAUUCGUUAAAACACUAUUUUAGUGCAGUAUGGUUAUUAGUAAAGAAGAAAAUUACGUUGAAAAUAAAAGCCACGUCAUAGAAGUAGGCACUGAGAAAUUAGGAAAUAUAUUUCAGGAGGUUUCUGUUGCUACUUCAAACAUUGUUACAAGUUCUGAUUGUCCGCCAUUAUGUUAUUUAAAAAGUAGUGAAAAUAAUUGCGUUCUAAACAGCAGUGGUAACGGAAUACUUUUAAAUGAGACUGCUAUUCACUUUGAAUGUAAUAAUUUGAAAGGACUUGGAUCCGUUGAAAUAGAAGCUGCUGAGUUAUUACCGCCUAUUGAGGGUCCAAUCUCAAAUAAACUUUUGUCAAAUUUCAAUGAACUUAAUAUUAGAGUUGAUUCGUUUGGUCCCACAGAUAGUUUACGUAGAAAACAGUUGCCGACAUAUUUAAGUUUAUCUAAAGAGUUUCUGAACGAUGAACCUCCCAAAUAUGAGUUAGUUACAGGGAAACAACUGAAAACUCAACUAAAAUUCACACCAUCAACUUUGACAAACGACAUCGAACAUGUCGAAGGCUGGAAAAAAAAAAUGAUAGUUAUUGUAAUUUUGGUUGUUUUAACAGUAAUUAUAGUAAUUUUUUUUGUGUUAGGUAAAAACUUAAGCACGCGUAAGGACUCUUACAGCUGACAUACACUAAGCUGGCUUAAGCUAAGCAGAACUUCUACAUAUAUUUGAAAACAUAUUGUCAUAUUGAAUUUAAAAGAUUAGAAUAUCAAAGUUGAUAAUAAGUUACAAAAUAAGGUUUAAAAAAUACUUCAUAAAAUAAAUUUUAAUAAAAUAUCUAUUUAGUAAACUUUAAAUGAGCGCCAUUCUUUUACGAAAAUAAAAUAAACAUUUUAUAUUUUAUAAAAAAGUUAUUUGUUUUGGGUUUCCACUCUUAAUUUAUGUUUUGCUUUAUUAAUCUAUUAUUUAAAUUUUGAAGUAAGUCCAUGCUUCUGCUUUGCAUGGGUUAGAUACACGCGUUCUAUUCGUGUUUGUCAAAGUUUUGCGACCAUUUAUUUUAUUAAAGUUUUGUUACUAAAUUUGGUUUCAUGACCAUCAGUUGUUAAUUAGAUUGUGUACAAGCCAAGUGAACAAACCUAUUUAGAGUAAAUUAUUGAGGAGACAGUUUAUAUUAAUAACAUAGUUAUUUACUCUUUAUUAUUUUUUACUUUGUUAAUUUUAGACUCAUAUAAUUAAAUCUUAGUUCCGUCUUUUAGUGUGGCAAUGAACACUGAAUAAAACUCAUUCAUAAUGAUACUAGCCAAAUUUUUCAGGUUUGUGCAGGUUGGCUUGCACACCAAUUAAUUAUCUUUAUAAUGUGUAAAUAAAAUUAUAAAAAUAAAAUAAUGGUAAAACACAUUUUAUUGUUAAAUAUAUUAUAGUAUAUUGUAUAGUAACAAUUCACUAUUUGGUUUAUGUAGACUGUAUGCAGUUAUGAAUAAAACUUUCUUUAAA